AUGCCCAAAGGGGCCGUCAGUGGCUGGGUUCUUGGAAAGAUUGCUUCGGUCAUGGAUUUCAGCUUCCAAGGUAUCCUCGAGCAGCAUACGCAACACAUGGAGAUCGGAUUUAACUACGUCUUCGAGGCUAUCCUCAAACAUAGCAAGCUGGACAUCACCCUGAUCCGUAUCAGCAAUGUAACCGAAGCAUCCUUCCACGUCUCCCUCGAAGCCCGCGCCACUAACACCGGCCCGGCCAAAGCCACUCUCGCGCCCAUGACCAUCGACCUCUGCGGGCCCGCAGGCCGCUUCGGCACCAUCACCUUACCAGAAUUCCACACCAUGCCGGGCGGCGCGUACAUCGCGAUCCAGAACCAGUUCGUAGCCAUCACCGACAAGGCCGCGCUCCUAUCCUUCGUGCGCGAAGUCCUGAGCUCCAAGAGCGCGACCCUCUCGCUCAAGAACGGGCAGGGCGCUGUCACCGUCGCCGCCUUCGGCAUCGGCCCGCGCUCGCUGCCGUACGAGCGCGACGUCCCCGUCCCGGGAAUGGCGCUGACUUCCGUCGCCGUCAAGCGCGCCUCUACCACCGCGCGCCCCAGCACAUCCAGCAGCCUCAGCGCCUUCGGCGCCGCGCUUUCUUCGGGAAGCACGACCCUGACCGUGACCUUCCACGUCAAGAACCCGAGCCCGGUCGAGCUAUCCUUCUCCAUCUGCGAGUUUGAGAUCCGCAGCAACUCUCACGACGACCGCGCGGAUUCCAACGACUCCGACCACGACGGUGGUGGAGGCGGAGAUGAAGGAGUGGUAAUAGCCGCGCUCAAAGGCCGCCUCGACAUGCGAUCUAAGGACUUCGAUGUCACGCUAUACGGCGUCGCGGACAAGCGCGCCGCGGCGCUAGGCCUCGCGGAGGGCAAGGCCAGAUUGGUCGGCAAGCGAUGCGCGGGCGCCGGCUGGUGCGACGAGGCCGUCAAGGGGAUCGACGUGCCGAUCGCGGGCGUCUGGAAGCUGCGCAAGGAGCUCGGCCUCACGUACGAGGAGCCGAAGCCCGAGUCGCCCAAGGUGUUCCGCUGGCGAGGACGGUGGUUCAUGAAGGGCAGCCAGGUCUGA